UUCUAACAAAAAAUAUACUAGUCUACUAGAGCUACCGAUACUAUCUGACUCUGAACUAAUAUCAGCUGGCCCCAACAAAUCCACCUGCCUGCUCGCAUUUGCCAGUGAAAGUUUGGGUCAGGCGAGAAAAAAAUUAUCAAACUCGCCGGACAUUGCAUGUCAGUGAUUGCAUGAUGUCACAAUAUGAUGAAGAUAUAUAUGAGAGUCCAUUCUUUGUGGCCCUAGAGAAACAACACAAGUCUUUGUUUGAUAAGGCAACAGCCAAUAGAUGGGUGAUUUGUGUUCCAAAGUUUUCUGCAGUGAAGAAAGAUGAAUUAGGAACAAAAGAUUUUGAGGAUCAUAUAUUGAUACCAGCAGUUGAUAAUGACAGUGCCUUUACUACAGUCUCUAAACAUAAAGUUGAAAUUCAGUCAGGUCAGAUCAAUCUUGCCUCAGGAUUAAAAGCAGGAAAAGUAGAUAUUUUAUUUGAAGAGACAUUCUACAACACAAAAGAUGAAAGUUACAGGGUGGUCUGUGUAUCAGGGUUCUUUAACAGGGAAAUUACGCAAGAUGAUUCAUCAGAUUCAGGGGUAGAUUCAGACUGGAGCAAAAUUCCUGUCACCUAUGAUGAAUGUAUACAUAUACUUUGGGGACAUCAAGGUAGUAGUAAAACAAAAGAAAAUUUUGACAAGAUGUUGAAGAUAUUUUGCGGGGAGUAUCAGAGAUUUGAGGGGACAGCUGACAGCAUUCCUAAUCUUGCAGAUCUGGUAGCAUCCCACGUAACCAAGGCUAUGCAGAUUGUUCUAAAAGAUCCACAGAUAAAAAAACUUGUUAAACAAGAAGACAUGUUCAUGGCCAGUUUAAAGGUAGCUGUUGAGACAUAUAUGAUGAAUGCUGUACAUAAACACUUGUUUACUACAAUCACAGCUUGUGUCAAAUCUUCGGAUGCCCUCAUUAACAAGAUGACGAGAAACUUGCUAGAUAUUCGACUUCACAAUCUGGACAUUAGAUCAGAGUUUGAGGAAAACUUACCAUAUGCUAAGAAGGAAGUUUCCAGAUUAAACCAGUUUAGCACUCCACUUGGAAGGGUUCUGUGUUUGAAGAGAGUUGUAACGGCUUUGACAAAACCGCUGUUUAAAUCACAGGAAAAUGAAGGUUUAAUGAUGUCCUCUGACGAGCUUUUGCCUUUAUUGAUAUACCUCAUCAUCAAAUCUCAGAUGGCUAAUUGGACAGCAAAUCUAAUGUACAUGAAGUACUUCCAGGUUGCCAAAAUGACAGAAAGCAAUGAGUUCAGUUUUUACUUGGCAACAAUAGAAGCUGCCCUGGAUUACAUAAGUUCUGGCAAUUUGAAGCAAGGUAAAGAAACUGGGUUUAGCAGACAGACAUCUGGAAGUACAACAACCAGCAAAGAUAAAUUCUUUCAAUAUGUUCAGUACGGAGAUGAGGCUGCCGUAAGCCUGAUGUUGAAGAAACAUAAACCUACAACUGAUGAUAUCUCCACUAAGCUGUGUCACCCUCUAUGUACAUGUGAUAAAUGUAUAGAAAUUACAAGUCAAUCGUCACAAAACUCUGGGGCUGUCUCGUCUAUAGCUAGGGAUGAUAUGGGUAGAACAGCUUUGCAUAUAGCAGCAUUUUAUGGGCAGGGAGCUUUGAUAGACAUUCUUUGUAAACAUGGGUGUCUCACUGAUGCUACAGAUUAUCUAGGUUGUACACCACUACAUCUCGCUUCACAGAAAGGCUAUCAAAAUAUCAUUUUGCUGUUGGUACAUUUUGGUGCUGAUAUUAGUGCUGUAGAUAAUGAAGGAAAUACAUCACUACAUUUAUGUGCUAAAAAUGGUCAUGAAGAUUGUGUUAAAGCAAUACUAUUUCUAGACAUAUUGAAGAACAAAUUAAAUGUGAAUGCACAGAAUGAUAUGGGAGACACACCAUUACAUAUGGCAGCUAGAUGGGGAUAUGAUGGUAUAGUAAAUUUCCUGCUAGAGUCGGAGGCUGACCCUCGUGUGAGGAACAGGAAACGUCAAACACCUUAUAAUGUUGCUCAAAAUGCUGACAUCAAAAAAAAGUUACUGGCAGUCCUGAAUGACCCUCCACCUUUAAUUAUUAGACAACCUGUGAAGCCAGCAACCUUGCCUGUUCAAAACCAUGUAACAAAGACUGCCCCAACCUCAGCACACAUCCCUACCCCCUCCUCCACCCCACAAACUGACCUAGGUAGCUCUACCAGACAAACACAGGAUAAGACACCACUUGGAUUUGAAGUAAUAGAUGUAAAGGUUAGACCUCCAAUACAAUUGGUAGAUAACUCUAGCAGUGAAAUGAUGUCCCCAACUACACCAGCAGUUGCUUCCCUUGAUCAGACAGAUUUGAAACAGAUUGAAAAACUGUACAAAGCAAUAGCAAGCAGGGACUUACCUUUGGUUGAGUAUUAUUUUGGUUGGGUAGAUUCAUCCAGUUCAUCAGAUAGUCCUGUUUCCCCACCGACAACCCCGGUACUAACAGAGAAUAUAGCUGCCAAACUUUGCCACCCAUUGUGCCAGUGUGAUAAAUGUAAACAUAUACAGAAAUAUUUGUUGUGGAAUGUUAACCCUGGAAUGCAUUCCAGUGUGAACACAUUACAUGUGAACUGUCAGAACAAGAAAGGGUUUGCUCCCCUGCAUAUAGCUGUGAUAGAGGAUUAUAUGGAGGUACUUCGGUUACUGUUGAAGAAAGGAGCUUUUGUGAAUGUACAGACACAUAAACAUAUAACACCGUUACAUCUUGCCUGUUACCAUAAUCAGACUGAGAUGGUAGAAUUGUUAGUUAAGAGUGGAGCUGAUGUUAACAUACGAGAUCAGCAUGGAGAGAUAGCCUUACACCUAGCUGCUGCCAAAUGUAACCUUCCUACUGUUACAUUCCUCCUACAGCGCUCAAGCACAGUAAACCUUGGAAAUGUGAAUGGGAACACUACACUACAUCAUGCUGUAUGUACAGGAAACCUAGACAUUAUAGGCAUCCUGUUAAAGUAUGGGGCCAAUCCUGAUGCACUUAAUAAACACCACAAGUCUCCUGCAGAUAUGACAAAGGAUCCUGUGAUAUUAGAUAUGUUGAAAAAGAAAUCUGAGGAGUUACGCAACAAGUUGACCCCUGUAACCCCUACAAUCCAACAGACAUCAGUACCAAAAUCUGAGUCUGCUCCAGAACAUCUUAGAGAUAAACAACAACAACAAGGAAAUGAAAAACUGAGAAAAAUGGUUUCCAAUGUUGAAGACAAGCAUCUAAAUACGCUACAACAAAUUGGUCAAGGAAUAAAAACAUUUGACAGACAAAGAAAACUUAAGAGAAGUCAGACGUUUGACCACAGCUCUCCAGCUAUAAAUGAUGCUAGUCUAAAACUAGCUUUAUCCAUACAACACUUUGAUAAAGAGAAAAGUUUACGAAAGGCUCAGACGUUAGAUAGGACGUCCUUGAGUUUAAAGUCAUUAGAACAUUCCAUGUCUAUACAGCACUUUGAUUUCCACAGUUUAAAACAUGUGGAGUCUGUAGAUAAAAGUAGUCCUCUUCAUUUAUAUUCAUUAACAAGAACUUUUAGUUGCUAUAGUGACUAUUCUGAUACACCCACUGAAGAACAACACAAAGAUAUACAGGGAGGUAACUCUGAUUUUACUGAAAGAACUAUUGAAACAGGAGAUGAUUCUGUAAUAAAGGAAGAAUCUGUAGAAGAAGUUGAUAAAAAUAUGCAUAAAGAUAAUAGUGACCUUAUUGAUCAGAUAGUGGAAGAGACUGAUCCAGAUUGUGAUAGAUUAAAUAGUGAUAAUGGAAUAACAACAGGGGGUAAUGAAAGGAAAAAUACAAUACAAUCUGAUAGUGAAAAUGUAGAUUUAAACAGACAGGUUUCUGAAAGCAGUGCAAUAAAAAGCUUAGUCGAAAUUCCUAGUAGUCAAACUGAAGGUGAUGUGAAACCUUUAACUGAAGGUAAAACAAAUGAAGUUGAAGCUGAAGGUUAUGCAUGUGAAGGUGAUGAAUUGUCUACGGAAAUCUGUGAUGAAUUGUCCACUGAAAACCAUGAUGAAGUGUCUACUGAAAUCCAAGGAACCAAACAAGCUGAGGUCAAUGAUGUUAAUGUAAUAGAUACUAUCCAAUGUGAUGUAACACCUACAGUAAAUAUCCCACAUGAUGAAAACUAUGUAGAUAGAGAAGUCCUUGAACCUGUAGAUGAUGAAAAACAUAAAACCAAUGAGAUGAAUAGGGAAGAUGCCUGUGAUAAAGACAAUAUAUCAGACUCAUGCAAAGAUGAAACUGCUGGUACAAAAUUUUGAAAAACAUCAUGUGAUAUGGUCCAAAGUAAUGUUAAACCAGUUACUGCUGGAAUUGAAAACACUGAGGACAUCUAAAAUAAAUAUGCAAUGAUAGCAAUGGUAGCAAUGGCAGAACAAUUGUAAAAGUACUAGAUAAGAUUGGGACAAAAAUGAUUUUAUGGAAUAAAAUUUUUGUGUCAGUUUAUAUUGAAAAUAUGCAAAUUUCUAGGACAUUGUCAUUUCUCUGGGAUAAUAUGUUUUAUUUGCAGUUCAUGUCAAACCAUGUAUUGAAGCAGUUCAUGAUUGUAUAAAAAUAUUGCCAUGUAUUAUAUUCACCGUGAAAUAUACAAGAUAAAACUAGGAAAUUACAAAACGAAAUGAUUGCAAUGUAUGUUACUCCACAAUUUAUACCAAAUAAUCUGAUAAUGAUAAAAGUACAUUUGUAUAAAAUAUCAUGUUAUGACUAUGCUUAUCUUUAAAGGCUUUGUUAUUUUGCUUCUGUUAAAGAGUUAAUCUUUUGAUUGAUUUCUUGAUUGUUUUUUCAAAAACUUUUGUUAUUGCAACUCAAACAUAGUAAAGUUACUGGGAGUAUUGUCGGCAUGAAGCUACUGUGGUUAAAAAAAAACUCCGGUGAAAUGAUAAUCAUUAUAUUGUUAAGAAGAAUUUUUGCAUUUUAUGUUUAUAUUGAUUAGAUCCUGAAAACUUAUGUUUAAUAUUUUUGUAUAUUAGAAACUUUUAAGUGUUACGAACGCAUUGCAUUAAGUGCUAUUUGAGUGAUAUUUUUUUCAUCUUACAGUAAAAAAAAAAGCAUUUUAAAUUUGCUGGGUUUUGAAAUUUGACUUUAGAUAAAUGCUGAUAUAAUUAUAAUGGAGAUACAGAUGUUAAAUGGUUUUAUCAAUGUAUAAGUUCAGCUAUUUUGAAUGAUGGAACAUAGAAGUAUUUUGUAUCUUGUAAUGUACGUUAGUUUUGAUUAUCUCAAUGACAGUACAAAUAAUUAUAACAAUUUUUGAAAUCAAAAGGUGAUUUAGUAAAUGAAAAGUUGAUAUGUAAAUUAUAUGAUGACUAAUUAUGUGCAAUAAACUAUUAUUAAAGUGCUAUAGUUAUAUAUACAUUGUACACAUAUAUGUAUAGACUUUAUAUCAAAAGAAUCAUGACUUAGUUCUUUAACGCAGAUUUGAUUUUUUAACACACGAUAAACUGUUUGAAGGGCAUUAUUGUAUGUUUUUUCUAAAACUGUCUAGACUGCCAUGAGAA